AUGACAGGGACCUGCGACAAUGACAGGGACCUGCGACAGUUAACCACGCCCACGAGAGAUGACAGGGACCUGCGGCAGUUAACCACGCCCACAAGAGAUGACAGAGAUCUGCGGCAGUUUCAAACCACGUACACACAAAAUCCCAAAGAACUGCGUCAAUUAACCACGCCCAUCGGACAUCAACAAACCACGCCCCUACGAGACGACAGAGAGCCACGGCAGUUAACUCCUCCCAUAAGACAUCAACCGACCACGCCCAGUCGAGAUGAUUGUCAACCCAUCACCCAAUCAAAACCCGUCUUUCAUUUACCACAAGCUCGAUCCCACACAACAGAAUUCCUGACCCCGUCUCGUGACGUCACCAAAGCCCAGUCUACGGACCCGCCCCGGCCAAAGUACGUCCGCAUUCCAGCUGGGCCUCGAUCCUGCCCCCCUUGCAGCCCGACCACCAGGAUCUCCCAGGACGCCUCCCCCGGGAAGAAGGCCAUUUACUUCGAGGUCGACCACAAGGCCGAUGACUCGACCAUCUUAAGGAAGAUCGGCAAACUCAUUGAGCAAGUGGAGCGGCCGAAAGGUAAAUACAGAGAUGACGCCGAACUCGUCCCUAUCCUGGCACUCCAGAACCCGCCCAAGAGGAGAAUCAAACGUCAGCUGUCGUCUGAUUCCGACAGCCAGUCGUCUGCUAGCUCCAGUCUCAACUCAUCCUGCACGCCCGACAAACUCCUAGGACUGAAACACGCGACCUCGAACUUUCCUAAUGACCUUGUACCCAGUUCUGGGACAACCUUGACCUUCUCACAAAAACGGCUGAAAUCUAGCCCCGAGUCUAAUCAACCCCCGCCCUCCGGGCAGCAGGCCGCUUUUGACAAUAUCCUACACACAAACAAACCAACGCAAGCAAGGACUGACAAUGAGAACCUACAACAUUCUCCACGGGUGUCAAGCCCUCUUCAACUAAACAGACCUAGAACAAAUUCUAAUUUUAGACAUCGCGUUGGGAAUUCCCCAUCAGAGAUUUGGCCUCCACUCAGCUCAUACGAUACGCAUGUCUUUGAGAGCCCCACGGCUAUAAAUAGCACCAGUCUUAUUCCAGUGUCGCCGAAGACACACCGAGACGAACGGACGGUGGUCAAGAGAAACUUUGACCAGAACCCCCCACCCUCACACUCCCUCUCGCAGGUUAAAACCAGCGGUUACGUCAUGCACGACCAGGAACCACUCACACAAUCCACAUCAAACGUCAUCAAAACAACCACACACAGCAACCACAGAGAAAAAUCUGUUAUUUUAGGGAACAGAUACAGAGACAAGGAACCUGAGAUAUUCGUGUUCCCGGAUGUAAACCCUAGCGGUGGUUCUAAAGACGAUGAAGUGGAUGGGUUUGAUUCCCCGAUGGAUAUGGAUGAAGACAUGGAUAACGGUUUUAACCACAGCCGUAGCCACUUCCAUGGAAACAGUUACGUGGAUAAUUCCAAUGGGUUCUCCCACAUUCGCUACCAAACAUCACAAACGUUCAACUCCAGUGGAGGUUCGAACUAUGCCCAGUCCUGGUCCACAGGCUCAUCACGGUUCAAUAACGGUGAGACGAGUUAUGGUACUAGAGGGUAUCACCAGAAUGCGUAUCGUUACCAUGACAACCGGAUGGAUGACCUUGACUCGGGUGGCGUCGCCCGCCACCGCCGAGCCGAAGUUUCCAGAACCCCACGUGACAACGCGAGCACCCUCCCCCCGGGGCUGGGCGAGGUCUUCGACGCCAGCGAGCCGGACGAUUCGCCGUACGACGACGGUACCGGAUGUAACGUGUACUCCGGCUGGAACAGCGGCCACAACUCCGGCGUCGUCGCCACCCGGGCCAGCACCCAGGUCAGCUGCGUCAUCACGGAGAGCGAGCUGCGGCGUGCGACCAUGACGUCACGGGAUGACGACAGCAGCUACCUCGCGACCGACGGCUACGGCGACGAUUAUCUCCCCUUGCCGGGGGUUUACGACGGAUGGGACGAGAUGGACGGACCGGAUGUCCACAACAGACAUGCGCAGAUCACACCGGAAAUGAGACUCGCUAGAUUACAAGUCGGGGCAGGCUAUCACAGUACCGUACAGCCCAACUCCAAGAAAGGCAACAUCCCACGGGAUAAGACUACUGAUGGAGAUCUUUGUCCACAACAAAAUAGAACCGAACAAUUUUCUCAGGAAGAUGCUUCACAUCUAAAAGCCAGGCUACAUAAUCCUGUCCAUCGCGUUUUGUCGACUGACAGGAAGAGAUUCAACAACAAACCGGAAGUAAACGACACUCAACGCUACACACAGGAAGACGGAUAUACAGACUUAAGAGAUUUUGAAAACGAUUGGGUUUCAGCAGCGGCUGAAGGGGGUGUUACUAGACGGUCUCACAAUCACACCAGGGACGGACAGCUGUUUUACGCCAAGGGGAGGUCCCCUGUCAGCUACACCAGUCACCCAGACGACUCAGGGGACGAGGUGGACGGGUUUGGCGACAAAUCUAAUCCGGAACCUGAUCCAGGCACAAGUUCCAGCUCUAGCAACACGGUUUCUUGUUUUGGAACAAGUUCCAGCUCUAGUAAAAUGUUCCAGCUCUAG